UCGAAUCCUUCGCGUCUGUCUCAGAGAAGUGGCCGAAAAUGGGGGUUUUGAGAGGCUUUCUCGUUGAUUUGAUCACCGCCGUCGGAUGGUAAAUAUAUAAGUCCAGUGAUUAAUUUGCUAGUUGUUACCUAGUUUAGUGACCAUUUAGCUAUUUAUUCCCUUAUGCAUUCUACUCAAGCGGUCAAGCCCCAACUGUUUUGAGUUUCCGCCAUGUCUCAAUGAAGCGAUCGGCUCCGCCUUUGAAAUCCCUCGCCGUCGUAGCUACUGAAACCACCGCCAUGUCUUCUCCGAUUCCACACCGUGGCGGUAGAAAGCCUUGGGCGGCGGGGAGAGGCUUCUCCGACCGCCAAUACCGUGGCGGGAGAGGCUCACAUGUCUUUGCCGGAGACUUACCAGACCCUAAUUACUCAGGGCUUGGCAGAGGGGGAUGGCACGGUUCUUCGAAUCAAUGGCCACCGCCGGCAUACUUACAGAGCCAAAGCCAACAGUUCCGGCAGCCGUCUCCGCGUUACUACUCAAACCAGCAUCAAUUCCGGCCACCUCCACUCUUCGUUCAAAAUCAGAACUACCAACAGUUCCGGCAGGCUCCGCCGUUUGAUCGGAAUCAAGGUUUCCGCCCCCAUCAGCAGCAACAACAACUCCCGCCGAGGCCGCCGAAGGAAUUGCUUUUCCGGAAUUGGGAGUAUGCAAAUGUUUUUCCUCCUCCAAAUGCAGAGAGAUUCAGUGUUCUUUCUUAUAAUAUACUGGCCGACUAUCUAGCCGUCAACCACAGGAGCAAACUUUACUUCCACAUACCUCAGCAUAUGCUGGCUUGGCAAUGGAGAAAGAGAAGUAUAGUUUUUGAGCUUGGCUUGUGGAAAGCAGAUAUAAUGUGCUUUCAGGAAGUUGACAGAUUUCAGGAGUUGGAAGAUGAGUUGAAGGGAUCAGGGUACAAUGGGAUCUAUCAGAUGCGGACAGGCAGUGCUACUGAUGGUUGUGCCAUCUUUUGGAGAGAAUCAAAGCUUACACGUGGAUUUGUUACCUUCCUUAGAUUCAACUUGGUCCACGAGGAAUCUAUUGUUUUCAAUAAGUUUGGACUGCGGGAUAAUGUUGCUCAGAUAUGUGUGCUGGAGGCAAUAAGUCAAAGUUCGAAUUCUAAUGCAUCAACUCUCUCUGCAAGCUCAGCAGGUUCUAAUAAAGUUGUUGUAUGCAACAUUCAUGUGCUGUACAAUCCUAGAAGGGGUGAAAUAAAGAUCGGUCAGGUGAGAAAGCUUCUUGAAAAGGCUCAUGCUGUGUCAAAAUUGUGGAAUGAUGCUCCAGUUGUUCUUUGUGGCGACUUCAAUUGUACUCCAAAGAGUCCAUUGUACAACUUCAUCUCCCAACAGAAGUUAGAUUUGUCUGAAGUGGAUAGAGAUAAGGUAUCAGGACAGGCUUCUGCAGAGAUUCGAGCUCCUACAAGGACAGUCUAUUCUGGUGGUAAACCCAAUCAUAGUUCUAGUCCUGGGACUCACUCCCCCAAUACUUCAGUUGAAGUUGUACAGAGAAGGGAAGAAUCAGAUUCUAGAUCUAGUAUGACUGUGGGUCAAAGUCACGAGUCAAGUAAUUCUAUAGAAGAUACCCGAAGAAACUUCAAGGAUCUCUCAUUAUCCCAUGAAGUAUCUUGCUCUGGGAGCAGAUCAUUUCAUUCUUUACAGCCAAUUUCCGACAGUGCAAGUGGAUCUAAUAGCGUCAACCAAGUAGAAGAUAGUCUAGAAUCCGAAUUUACACAAGUGUUCAGCAAGUUCCAGUCUGAACUCUCCAUAACUGGUGAAGAUGAAAGCAGUUUUCUAGCUUCACUGCAUGACACUAAUGAUACCUUCUCUGAAAUUGCUAGCUCAGAUUUAGAUCAAUCCAGUGGAGAAUUUGGAACGGGUCCAAAUGAUGAGUCUAAGGUGCAUUCGCCAACCAAUGAGUUGGCCAAUGAUUCUUCUGAGAAUCAGAACUUAGUGGAAGUUGUUGAUGAGGUUUCUAUCUAUGAUCCAUCGGUCUGGACACCAAUGGAAAUAGCUACUGCUACAGGUGACGCAGACUGUACCUGCUUACAGCAUCCUUUAACUCUUAGAAGCGCUUAUACCCAAGUUGAGAACCAUUCAGGAACAAGAGAUCCCUCUAAUGGAGAACCUGAGGCGACUAGCUACAACAGGCAUUUCUUGGGCACAGUUGACUACAUAUGGUUUUCAAAAGGUCUGCAGACUGUGGGUGUACUUGCUCCGAUACCAAAACGCGCGAUGCAGUGGACAACUGGGUUCCCGACAAAGAAAUGGGGGAGCGACCAUAUCGCGUUGGUUUCUGAACUGGCCUUCACUCCGACUGGCAACCUAGAAGAAGGCGCCCGACCAUCACAUGCACAAGAAGCAUCUGGGAAUGGAGGCGGCCAAACAUAACGUCUUCGGCCUUGAGGUUUAGGAAUGUUUCUGAGUUCAUACUCUUUGCCCUGAUUUACUUUAUUCUCCAUCCGCUAAUCUGAGGUAGAGUGCAGAAGCCUUGCGCAUUCUCUGUGUCAUACUAGGUUCAUGGCUAGUUCAUUUUCUGUAGCAACGAGUUCUGUUGUGUGUGUGAUGUGUUAUCAUGUGUACACCUAGUUUAAGCGGCGGUGAUCGAAGCCAUACAGGCUUGCAUAGCUCCUUGUGUCGGAUCCCCUAAUUCACAGUGUGAAAUUUAACAACUUUUUAAUGCCGGAACUGAGAAAGGGUUGAAGAAAUUCACCUCUUUACUCACAACAUCUCUGCUAAAAAUGUGGUUGAUGGUCCUCUACGAAAUUAUACCCCUAUGGCUGGUCCAGCUUUGUCUGUUCCUUUGUAGGCGGGGACCUGAAU